AAAGUUAGCAGCACUUUUGGUAACAAUCUGAUGGCACUUCUACGUAAAAUCGCUGCCAGUACUACCUGCUCUGGUGGCACCGAGGUCAUAAGGACACUGAUAGACCAGUUGGCACUGGGACUACAGAAGUGGGUUGGGUGGAAGGAUAAGGAAGAUGAGUGUUGUCUGAAGGGGGAUAAAGGAAUAGGAAAGAAAUGUAAAUGUAGUACUGGUGGUGUUAGCGGGUGUUGUAGUACUAGUAGUGGUACUACUUGUCAUCAGUGUAGCAAGUGUGGUACCACUGCUAGUGGUCCUGACCAAAAAUGCUACCAGUCGGCAUAUAGCAAGACGGAAGCCCUAUGGACUACCAUAGUCAAUGGUACCAAAGGUAGUGCCGGAGGAAGUGGAUCGGCUGGUAGUGCAGUAGGUGGUAAAGGUGGUAGUGGUGUAGCUGCUGCCACUGCAGACCCAAUUAGAGCCGCCCAGGAGGUCCACCUCCUGGCCCGUAUUUUCCUAGGGUCAGUAUGUCUCAUCUGGAGUGGACUCAGUCAGUUGGGGUUCCUAACUGGAAGUGGGAGUGAUCCGAGGUGGUCAACAAGUAGUUUGCACAAGAUAGAUGACGCUGACCAGGCCGGUCUCGGCUCAUUCAUGGCGGCCAUGGGCUAUGACCUGGAUAGGUUGAAUCAGGGGAGUGGUACAGGUCAGAAAGGAGAGUUUGUGCAAAAACUGUUGAAUGGAGAGCAACCUGCUAAGGACGGGAUUAAGUGGAACGAAUUCAAGAAUGGCACUAGCAAGGACAGUGUAGCUGAGUACUACAGCACUAUCUAUGGUGCAGCUAGUGCUGGCAAGGACAAGAAAACAGAAGACAUUUGUAAGGAGUACCCCCUAUUGGUACUCCACAUCCUGGCCAGUGGGUACUUCAGGGCAGGCAGUGCCGGGGCGAAGGGAGUGACUACGCCGGCUUCGCCGGCGCCACCAAAGAAGCCCGAUACUGAAACUACCAAGAAAGACGAUACACCCAGGAAACCACGUACAAUCCGUGAGAUCCUCUACUGGCUAAGUGCGUUGCCCUAUAGUGAGAAGUACAAGGGACUGGUAGGGAGGAUGGGAGAUAAGUAUCCAAAGAAAGAGACUAAUCCACAGGAAACAGUGGAACAGAUAGAACUCUACAAUGAUAGCAGUACUUCUGUCAGUACCACUCUCCAGCGUAAGGACAUUACCCACUACCUACUGGCCGCCUGUGGCUACUGCCCACUGGUACUCAUCGGUAUCCAGGGGACCAUAGCUACCAGUGGCAAAGAGAGUGCUACACAAGGUGCAGGAGGAGCUGGUGCUGGUGCUGACCAGAAGAAGUGUCCCAAUCAUAGUAAAGACCGUAAUUAUAGAUGUACCCUUGAAGACGCCAACAAGGCACCGGCCACUCCCCAGGCACAGUCUUCCACUAGUGAACUCCAGCCCGGUGAGGUCUGCUACGGCGGGUACCACCUGGAAGUCUCCAAGUUUGGCCCCCUCCAUGGGAUGUACGCCAAUGGGCUCUUUGGCUUCCAGAUGGAGAUUAGUCCCGCCCAGUGCCUGGACCAACUGAGGAUAUAUGUCUACCACUGCUUCUACCAGCUCUAUUUCCUGAGGAAGCAAUGCAGUACUGCUGUGGAAGGGGGAGUAGGAGGAGGGAGCUCAGUAGUGCUGGGCUGGCAGAGUUGUAGGUAUGGUAGUGGAGUGAAUCCAAAUGCUGGAGUGAACAUUUCAUCGUCUUGGUUAUGUGAAACACAAGGUGGUACGGACUGUCAGUGCAAGAAGAGCGCCAGUCAUAAAUCACCACUGAUGUACUUCUUGUGUGAUGCGUUGGGUUCCAUGGCAUGCAAAAAGACAAUAGGCAAGAGUUCCGAUAGUGAGACGAAUCCCUAUCCGGAUAUCGAGGAUCAUAUGAACAAAUCGGUAGAUUCUAAUGGAAAAGAACAGGGUCCACACCGAGACUAUCCUCAGUUAUGCCCUGUCCCAAUGGGUUGGAGUAAUGAAAGUACUGGCAGUAGCACUAGCGGUGGCCAAGUCAGAGUGAACCACUUCAAAGAUUUAACCCAGACGCAUAAGACAGGGACACUGACCACUAUUCCACCAGGCAAAGAGAAGUACCCUGCCCACUGCACUGGGAAUACACUGUCACAUCUCCUGGAAUACUACUGUGACCCAGGAAAGUGCCAGAGUGGCACCCUAGUGGUACUACUGAGACUGCUGGCAUGUAUCACUCCCACGGUGCCACGGACACUGGGUGACCUCUUUGGGUUCUAUUACUAUAUAGUGUACAUUGAAGGACAAAGUGGUGGAGGACAGCAGGGAGUGCAUGAGAAGCUAGUAGAGUUCGAGAAGGAAUCUAAACUGCACAUGCCGUCUAUUGGUGGUGGUCCUGAUGCAGUGGUCGAGGCACUGACAAAGUGGAACGGUAAUAGUAGUAGUGCUGUUGGUGGUGCAUGCCAGCACAAAGCCGAUGGAGGCUCCCUAAAGACCCUCUAUGGAUGCAGUAAUGGAAAAAACAACUGUUGUCAAUACCUCUCUCCUCUUAGUGGCCAGCAGUAUGGGCAGUUGAGUCCAGCGAUGGCCGGGACCUACCUGUCAUGGUUGGUCUAUUUGAUAGGGGAGUUCCAGGGAGGGCUGAAGGGGUUGAAAGGGGAGUUUCAGGGGAUUAGUUGCACAGAAGCAGAGUGUAAAAAUGGUAAGUUCUAGGGCCUAUAGGGCGCGCCUA